GUGCAAUGAACCUGCUAAGUCACUUAACGGCAAACGGAUAUGGCGCAAGAACGUCUAAGCAACGACGAGUUCCUCUCCCGCCUCACCACCCUCCUUUCCUCAACCCAUGCCGCAACUCACGGCUCCGUCUACCUCACGCAAAAGCCCUUGAAAUCCACCGAUGAAUCAACCUCGUCUUCGCCCUCGUCACCACAGGUUCUAAUACGCGCCUCGAACGGCCUCUCAAAGCCACACCGGCUGGCGGCCAAGAAGUCGAAGGCCAGCGAUGCCAAGAAGGAGAAAGUGAGGUUCGCGACCGUGGUGGAGACUUCAGAGUUGGAGGCAUUUUAUACCAAGUAUGCCGAGACCUGUAAGAAGGGGAUGGAGGGGCUGAGGAAGAGGGACAAAAAGAAAGCCAAGGAGAAGGCAAAGGCGAAGAAGAAGGGCAAGGCUGGAGCAGGCGGCGGCGCUGGCGCGGAGAAAGCCUCUGGAUCGUGAAGGGAAGGAAGAGCCCCGUUUCCCUGAUGGGCUACAUUGGAAGCUGUUUUGCAGCGCGGGCAUCCGAACUGGAGACAAUCGGGGACUGAAUGCCCUAUGCUUGAAUCUCGCCUUCUAUCGGCUGGACCAAAUCGACCUGUGAAAGUGCACCGGAUGCGCCUGGACAUACGUUGGACUGGGAUAUGACUGGAGCUGAAAGAACCUCAUGAACCACGGACUGCUUGCCGGUCUACCCUGGUGAGGCGAGAGGAAGCACUUCAGGCCAUGUGCGUCAGGCCUAUAGCCGACAACUGUCCAUAUGGCAUUGCUUAUCAGGAUACCAAAGACGUCCGCAAAGAUGGAUGAAUAUCCUGUGUCUGACACGAGAGCUGCCAUACAUGAGACACAGACAGAAAGGAUCUUGAAGCAGCCAAUUCAUUGCAACUCCGCCAUUGGGCGUGAAAACUGGUGGUAUCAUCAAGCAAAAAGCAAACAUUCCACAAACUUCCCACUAUCUUUGUACACAGGACCCAGUCGUUACUAUGGUCAUGAAGGAGCGCCAUGCUCAAAUAUAAACCUCUCACGUUGAUUAAUAGUGAUAGAUAACCUGGAUGCUUUGGUC